AUGUGCUAUGAGAUCAAUGCCUCUCACCCAGGGCCAAAGCAGAGUCUACUGUGCAAGGUACUUUACCUAAAGGCCCUGCCUUGGGAUAAUGCAAAAUUAAACAAAGACCCAGGCUUUCGGUCAGGGUUUAGGAGGGCCAAGAGUAUCCUCUACUCCUCAGUAAGCGCUGAGUAUGCAUGUUGGGUCUGUCGACAUGACAUUCCUACACUAGCCACGCUUGAUCACAAUCCUGCCAGUCGACAGACCCGAAGAAUCUAUCUCUGCCUCUCGUAUAGCUUCCCAAACAAGAAAAUGCUGCGAAUUCAGAGUCGUCCUGGGACUAGGGUUGGGAUUUCUACGGCCAUGAACUUCUCGAGAAGAGGACGAAGCCAUGACUGCGCCGCAGCAAGCACCAACUUGUAUGACAAGGUCUUUGCAGUUGUCAAGGAUGAGAGAGACGUAGGCAGCAAGACGAAACUGUAUAUAAAGGAGGCUCAAGACGUCUCAAGGUGGUUCGAAUUGAUCAGCACCCAGCAGCUUGCCCUUCAAGAACUCUCAACUUCAACCCACCGACCAUCACAUCCUCUCUUGUUCAUCAUGGCUACCGCUUUCGGAGUCUUCUCGGGAAUCCUCACCGUCCUGGGAUUCAUCCAAUCCAACAUCCCGGACAGGCCCAACCAGUAUGAGACCAAGUUCCGCAUCCACGUCGGUCUUGAUGGUCCGAGCGGCCUCUCGAACGCCGGUGGUGAUGCGCCCGAUAUCCGUGUCUGGAAUGAGGCCGGCCAGUUCAUCGGUGCCAAGUAUGACCCUGGCAAGAUCAACCACGGCUCCUUCAAGGACGUGACGGUCCAGCUGUCCCAGCCCCAUCAGCCCACGUACGCCCUGUUCACGGGCAACGACGAUGCGAUCUGCAUCGCGUACAUCACCAACAGCUGGGCCGACGGGUCCAAGUACGGCUGGGUUGGUAACUGGGCGGACAGCUCGUCCUGCAACCAGGACUGGUAUUAUUCCAACAUCGUCCAGAGCGGCAAGACCCUCAACUGCGCCUGGAUCGAUCGCAAUGGCGACAGGCCCAAGACAGCCUUCCAGACUCAUAUUCAUGAGUUUGCUGAUGAAUCUCGGAACAGAGGCAAGAACGUCGGCUACUACUGCGCCAGCAACCCCUCUCUCAAGUGGUACACCAACUGGGAGCCCAACACCAUCUCUUACUGGGUCACCCCCCGCAAGAGAGGCCUCGCCGGUCGCAGCAGCGAGCCCCAGCAGGGCAUCGCCGUUGGUCCCGUGAAGCCCGGAAGCGAGGAGCGUGAGAAGCUCGCCGGCUCCCGCCCUGCCUUCAACGAGACCCGUCUUGUCCGCUCUUCCCGCCCUGAGCACAGCGCCGUCACCCUCUGCGGAAGCGACAGCUCCAGGGGGCCCGAUCUCGUCUCUCUGCACGAGGGUAAGUUCUGUGACAUGUCUACCCGUGAGGUUCUUCCACUUUGCAGCCCAAGUGUCACCGGUGAUUGCUUCGACGAUACCGUCAAGACGCUCAAGGUUCGCAGCGGUGCCAUUGUUGGCCGUGAGGUCGAGGUUGAGAAGGACUACACCGAGGUUUUGGACUGGGGCCUUUAG